GGUGUUGUUCUUUUCAUUUCCUUCUCCUUAUUUGCUGCGUCCAUUUUAGCUCUUGGAGCAAUAGUGUCUGCAAAGCCUUUGGAUGACUUAGAUUAUAAGGGGUGGACUGGUGGUCGGAACAGUGUUACAUCUCCUUAUGCAUCAUCUGUUUUCCUUGGCUGGGCAAUGGCUUCUGCAAUUGCAUUGGUAGUUACUGGUGUGCUGCCAAUUAUAUCCUGGUUCGCGACUUAUCGGUUUUCCCUCUCAUCUGCUAUUUGUAUUGGCAUAUUUGCAGCAGUUAUUGUGGCCUUCUGUGGCGUAUCCUACUUUGAAAUUGUUGGAUCUAGAACCUAUCAGAUUCCAACAAAAGCCGAUUUCCUUGCUUCUUUGCUUCCAUUGAUAUGCAUUCCAGCAGUAUUGUCUCUCGGUGCUGGUUUGUUCAAGUGGAAAGACGACAAUUGGAAGCUCUCUCGAGGUGCUUAUAUGUUCAUAAUCAUUGUUCUUCUUCUUUUGCUUGGAGCCAUUUCAGCUAUUAUAGUUACAAUUAAACCCUGGACGAUAGGGGCUGCAUUUCUUCUGGUGCUUCUCCUUCUUGUUCUAGCUAUUGGUGUUAUUCACUAUUGGGUGUCAAAUAACUUUUAUUUGACAAGGAUACAAAUGUUACUCAUUUGUUUUCUUGCAUUCCUUUUAGCUUGAAAUUGGAUGGUUUCAGGAUAAGGCUUUUGUUGGUUACUUCUCAUUUCUUUUUCUCGUAGCUGGAAGGGCAUUAACAGUCCUUCUUUCACCUCCUAUAGUAGUCUACUCCCCCAAGGGUGUUGCCUGUUUAUGUUUACGAUGCUCAUGCGGACUGUGGGAAAAAUGUCAGUGCUGCAUUUCUUGUGCUCUAUGGCAUUGCAUUGGCUAUUGAGGGCUGGGGUAUGGUUGCGAGUUUGCAAAUUUAUCCGCCAUUUGCUGGUGCUGCUGUGUCAGCAAUUACACUCGUUGUGGCCUUUGGCUUUGCUGUCUCUCGUCCAUGUUUAACACUUGAGGUUUGCUUAGAUAUCUUGGAAUAGUUGUACUGAUUGAGCUAUAUAGACUUACUUUUUCUUUUGUGUCCGUUUGGUGUCUUUAUCAUGAACUCUUUAUAAUAUAGUCAACAUGGUAACCUUGGAGAUGAGUUUUCAUAAAACAAUUCUUCUGCUUGGACUUCUUCCUAUAAUAUCC